AUGGCCGCACAAUUCGGAGGAGCUUUUGUGGAAAUUCCGAACCUAUCUCUUCACAGCUCUCGGUCUUCCAAUCUUUUACCAGGAAGCGAACCUCUCCCACGCCACCGCCGCCGCUCACUGCCGAGGAUCUGCCCUGUCUUCCACAGCUCUUCUCUUCUCUUCUCUCUUUCUGUCUUCCAGCCCGGACAUAUCACCGCUAAUCUUGCAAUUCUUCUCCCCCAAGCGUUGCCCUCGAAAGUCCCGUUUCAAACCUCGACGUCGAGCAAGCAAACCAUUGUUCUCGCUCAUACCUCUUCUCACUCUUCGAUCGACUGUCUCCCGCACUCCCGGAAAGCUCACGGCAGCCCUUGCCACCGCAGAUUUCUAUGUUCGUUUCAAAGGGAGUAG